UUCUGCGGAACCUUUUGACAAACAUUCACCGGAAAUGGACAAUUAUUUGGGUGACACAAAAACGGUGUUUUCCUGUGUAACACAGUUGUUGGUCCCUGUCGGUCAUGUUUAAGGAUGUUGUCCGGUUGGCUUUGGGGACGGCUCGUGUUUACCGCCGAGUGAGCUGCUCGCCGCUCCAGCAGUCGCCGGCGGCCUCCAGAGUGACCGUGAGGAGCUUCACAGCGGUGAAGGACGACGUGCCGCCGCCGUUCGACUCCUCCCUGCUGGAUGUCCUCGCAUGUCCUCUGUCCAAGAAGCCGCUGAGAUACAAUCCUGACACCAACGAGCUGAUCAAUGAGGAGCUUGGCAUUGCUUACCCCAUCAUCGACGGCAUCCCCAACAUGAUCCCUCAAGACGCCAGGCUCAUACGGAAAGACGAGCCACAGACGCCUGCUCAGUGACACAGACGCCGCAUUUCUGUACUCACUAGCCAGCGUUCUUGUAGAGAAGUUGUGAUUGGAGCCCUCAGGAUGCUGUCCUUGUCUGUGCUGGUGGGUCUGGUCCCCAUCGUGUCGCUCUUUGGUUUGUUCUACUCUGCGGCCGUGGAUGAGAACUUCCCUCAGGGCUGCACCAGCAGCAGCAGUCUGUGCUUCUACAGCCUGCUGCUGCCAGUCACCAUUCCUGUCUACGUCUUCUUCCACCUCUGGAGCUGGAUGGGGAUCAAGCUCUUCAGGCACAACUAGACCCUCUGACCUGUCUGCGUGUGUUACCAUGGGAACGCAUUUCCAGAUUAGCCCACGUAUUUGGGUUCUUUUCUCAGUUCGGGGUGAACUCGGACAAAACAUUUCUGCAGAUAUUUACAGACCGCCCAAAGAUUCUUCCAAACAGAAUUUAAGUAAACGUUUUAAUGUCAAUAAACCUGUGUUACAACACGUGU